AUGCUGCCUCUUGUUAUGACUCUGCUGUGCUUUCUGUGCUCAUCUGUGACCACGCUGACGCCCAGGGUCUCCUUCCCCAUGGGUAGUCCGGGGAGAUGUCUCACUCGCUUCAGCAGCGCUGACGUUGGCAACACCACUACCCUGCUGCUCAGCGACGGUGGAGAUACGCUUUAUGUUGGAGGCCGCGAUGCUGUGCUGGCGCUGGACGUCAGCCUCGAGGAUGCGAUCAUACUGAGGAACAAGCUGGACUGGAGGCCUUCAGAGAAAGAUCUUGAGCAAUGUUCCAUGAAAGGCAAGAUGUUGACGGACUGUCCUAAUUUUAUCCGCGUGCUGCUGUUCCUGAACGCCACUCACCUCUACGCCUGUGGAACAUUCGCCUUCAGCCCGCGUUGUAUCUACAUUAACUCUGAGACUUUAACUGUGAGUCUCAAGCCUGACGAGGGACGAGGUCGCUGCCCUUAUGAUCCCUACCAGCGAAACACUGCUAUCAUCGUAGACGGAGAGCUGUACACGGGCACUGUGGCUGACUACCGGGGCAAUUGGCCGCUCAUUUCCCGCCACCUCAGCGAAGGUUCCCGCGUGGACCUCAAGCUGGAUGACACGUUAGGAUGGCUGGAAGAUCCGACAUUCAUCAGCUCCACCUACAUUCCGGAGGAGGGAAAAAUCUACUUUUUUUUCAGUGAAGUGGGCCAAGAGUACGACUUCAUCGACAAGUUUGUCGUCUCGCGCGUUUCCCAAGUCUGCACGAGUGACAUUGGAGGGCAGCGGACGCUUCAACGGCGGUGGACCACCUUUGCCAAAGCACAGCUGCUGUGCCAGGCAGACGGCGAGCUCCCAUACAACGUCAUCCAGGACAUUGAUAGUUUGCCAGCAGCUGAGGGCAUGACAGCUGACGACACACUUUUCUAUGGCAUCUUCACCUCGCAGUGGUCGGUCAACUGGGGACUCUCAGCCGUGUGCUCGUUUCGCUUUUCCGACAUCAAGUCGGCAUUCUCUGGCUCCUACAAGGUCCUCAACCGUGACACGCUUCAGUGGAGCACGCGGGUUCAAGAGAGGGUGGCCAACCCGGGAGAGUGUGGCCUGCACAACGCGUCGGACAACGCUUUGCGCUUCGUCAAGGAGAACUUCCUAGCAGAUGAUAGUGUGCGGCCGGCGGGCGGCUCCCCAACGAUGGUGUCCGCCGAGCACCGCUACAGCCACCUGGCCGUUCAGAGAGUCCAGGCGGCCGAUGGCGUGGAUUACGUAGUUCUCUUUCUCCUCACAGAGUCUGGGUACCUUCACAAGGCGGUACUGCUGCAGAAUGGGGCACACAUCGUGGAGGAGGUGCAGGUGUUCCUUAAGCCACAGCCCGUCAAGAACCUGAAGCUGUCCAUACCCAAGGGUCAGAUAUACGUGGGUACAUCUGAGGGCGUGCUCAGGUUCCCGACGGCCAACUGCUCCUUCUAUUGGACCUGCGCUCAGUGCGUCCUCGCCCGGGACCCCUUCUGCGGGUGGGACGCAGCCCAACAGGCUUGCGUGGGCGUCACUGGCGCCCACCUGGGCCAGGACGUAGAAGGGGGCAAUGUGGAGAAGGCGUGCGAGAGCGUGACAUCGAUGCACCGAGCUCGUUUCGGACCAAAUAAUCUGCCUGCUGGCGAGCCAGUGUCUGUGUCGCUGCACGAAGUGGUGCGUCUCCCGUGUCCAGCAGCGUCGCGCCUCUCCCGCCAGUCGUGGGAGCGCCCCAACAGCCGCCUGUCCCCGGACCUCUACCUGCACCUGGAUGACGGCAGCCUGAGUUUCGUGGCCACGCCCGCCACCCUGGGCCACUACCUGUGCCUGUCCGCCGAAAAUGGCUUCCGGCAGACUAUGGCGGUCUACCACGUCAAGCAGAAGAGCGGACCUCUACCUGACCCCUCGCCCGCUCGGCCUCAGACACCCGAGUCCACGCGGACCACCGGUGGGCAACUCGGGCGCAACUUUACUUUAUGGAUGGUGAAAGCGGCCCCCGAAGAGGCAGCCUUCCAGGACGGGGACCCCCUGAUGUCGACACGGACCCCCUCUUACCUUAAGGAGCUGGUGGUCGUGUCGGUCCUUUUAGUGCUUUGCCUCAGCGCUCUUAUCACAAUCCUCCUCUACGUGAUCAAACAGCGCUGGCACAGCCGCACCGCCCCGCAGCAGCUGGCGGCGAAUUCGGACAGACGGACCCCCGCGGAGGAAGAGGCCCUACGGGGGAGCCCGGCGCACAGCAAGCGCAACGGACACGGUCCCCAUACGCUCUCCAAUGGGGCGCUCUCCGCCUCCAAUGGACACUUGCCCAACACUCCUAUCUGA